AUGGAAGCAACUAGUGGGGAUAAGGAAGUUGUUUCAGAUAAUCAGGCUGUCACUCUCCAAGACAAAUAUCGAGAAGACAUUUAUUCUGGAGAACAGAAUGUUACAGAAAGUGAUGAACUUGAGGAAGAAAUUAGCUGGGAUAGUGAUCACAUGGAGUAUAGUAAAUCUGAUAUCAAAAGUACAGUUCCUACCCAGAAUACUAUACUGCAAGGACUCUUGGAUAAAUAUACACAAUAUAAACCCAACAAAGAGGAAAAUGUUCAGUGGGGUCAAAUUACCUCACUUCCCGAUUAUACAUGUUAUCAGCCUUCCACAUCUCAUGAGUUUGAUGAACAAACCAAAAGCUGUCAAAACCUAACACCCCAUCAAAUAUUUAAAGAAUCAAGUAUAGAACUUCCAGAAUGCUCUGGGAAUGAAGAAGUCUAUGGAUUAAUUGAUGAUGAUCAGUCAAACAGUAGUUCAGAUUUAGACUUCAAUGGAUAUCAACCCACAAUUCUAUCAUUCAGAAAAAAUGCAUCUGAUCACACUUUAUUUGGAAGGGAAGAAGAAAAACAGAAUGCAAAUAGCUGGGAUAGUGAUGAAUGUGAUGUUAUCCAAGUGAAUCCAACUGAUAAUUAUGUUGUCUACAAACCAGAAGAAGUUACUGAUUCAAGGGAACAACUAGUUAAAUCAAUGGAUGGACGAGAUGAAACAAAAGAUAAUGUUGUAGUUGAAGAAGUUGAAGCAAAUAGCUGGGAUAGUGAUGAAUGUGAUAAACCUGAAAUUCAUAGUAAAAUCGAAGCCAUUAAUUCUGGUGAGUUUGACGAUCCUGAUGAUGGUCCAGAGUUUGUUGUGCUGGACUCAGAAGAGGAUGAUGAAAAAUUGUGUAAGGAUGUAAUUCUCAACACGAGACAAAACUCUGGUUCAGAAAAUCUUGGAAUAAAUGAAGAUACAGUUCAAGAGGUGAAGAAAAUACCAAUUCCAGAAAGAGAUGAAGUUUGUUCCAUUUUAAAAUUAGAUAAGCAAGAAAAAACUACCUCUAGUGAAAAUAGCUUCCAAAAAAAGAAAAGCGUUUCAUUCUCCCCUGGAACAAAGGAAAGUGAAAUUCAUAGUAAAAUUGAAGCCAUUAAUUGUGGUGAGUUGGACAAUCCUGAUGAUGGUCCAGAGUUUGUUGUGCUGGAUAAGCAAGAAAAAACUACCUCAACUGAAAAUAGCUUGCAAAAAUUGAAAAGCUUUUCAUUCUACCCUGGAACAAAGGAACCUGAAAUUCAUAGUAAAAUUGAAGCCAUUAAUUCUGGUGAGUUGGACAAUCCUGAUGAUGGUCCAGAGUUUGUUGUGCUGAACUCAGAAGAGGAUGAUGAAGAAUUACCUGAGUAUGUAACUCGCAACAGGAAACAGAACUCUGGUUCAGAAAAUCAUGGAAUCAAUGAAGUUCGAAAGGCGAUUAGACUUCAAAGAGAAAAUGAAGAGAACGGCAUAAUUACUGAUCAGAAAAAUUCAAAAGAAUUAAAUGUGAAUCAACAGGAUCAUCAAAGUAGUUCAAAAGUUCAAAAAGAGUGCACAGACCAGUUAAGAAUGUCGGAAAUGAUUACAAACAAAUCCAGGAAAAAAUUAGUCCAAGAAGAACCAGAUAUUGCUGAUGAAAUUGAUGAACUUUUAAAGGAAUUUGAUGAACCAAUAUUUGUUUCCAAAAAAGAUCUAAGAAAAAAAGAUGUCCAUGAAUCUAAUGUUGCUAUUCAGGAACAAGAUAAAUUUGCAGUUCAGACUGAAUUAGAUCAUACAACCCAAAUUGAAAAUCCAAAAGCAAAUAAUGGAGAAUCAGAGAAAGAUCAAAGCCUUGAAGAGCAAUCAAAUAUAGACCAGGAAAAUGAAAACUAUGAUUAUGAAGAUUCAUUUGAAUCUGAAUCAGAUUAUUCUGGGAAGCUUUCUCAACAUGAAAAGACAAACACUGAUGGGUCAGUAAGUGAACACACAGAUGAAUCAUGUGGUGUCUUCAAGUAUGAAUAUGAAAACCCUGAAGACGAAACAAAGGGAACACAACUUCCAGAAAAAGGUGAAAUUCGUUCUAUCCUAAAAUUAGAUGAGCAGGAGAAAAUUCCCUUAGCUGAAAAUAGCUUGGAAAAAAAGAAAAGCAUUUCAUUCUACCCUGGAACUAAAGUACGUGAAAUUCAUAGUAGAAUUGAGGCCAUUAUGUGUGGGGAGUUGGAUGAUCCUGAUGAUGGUCCAGAGAUUUUUGAUUCAGGAGAUGAAAAUGAGGAUUGGUCUGAGGAUGUAGUUCAAAACACAUUACAGAACUCUUACUCAGACUUUCUUGGAUUCACUGAAGAAACAGCGAAAAAGCUAAAAAAUAGGGAAGAAAAUGGAUGUUUGGAUGAUCCAAUACAAUAUUGCUAUUCAGAUAAAGAGAUGGAAUAUUAUAAUGAUGACCAUCAAUACGAUUCUGAAUGUUCCACUGAUGAUAUAAUUGAAUAUAAAUCAGAUUUGAACUCAAAAAAUUUAGAAGAAAAUCAAAAAUUAAAGCCUGAUGUGGAACCUGGCAACUGGAAACAUGUUGAACAACAGAGUAAUCAGCCACAAGAUAUGGUUGAUGAAUACAUACCCCAAGCAGAAAUGCAGCCCAAAGUAUUUGAAUCUAAUGAAGAUCAUUAUGAUAAUGUCACUUGUGAAUUAAGAGGUGACUUUGAAUAUGAAAAUAUUGAGGAAGUACCAAAGAAAAUACCACUAACAGAAAAAGAUUCAGUUUGCUCUAUCUUAAAAUUAGAUGAGCAAGAAAAAACUACCUCAACUGAAAAUAGCUUGCAAAAAAAGAAAAGCGAUUCAUUCUCCCCUGGAACAAAGGAACAUAGUAAAAUUGAAGCCAUUAAUUGUGGUGAGUUGGAUGAUCCUGAUGAUGGUCCAGAGUUUGUUGUGUUGGACUCAGAAGAGGAUGAUGAAAAAUUGCCUGUAUUCCAAAACAUGAGACAGAACUCAGAAAAUAUUGGAAUCAAUGUAGAUGCAGUUCAAGAGGUGAAGAAAAUACCAAUUCCAGAAAAAGAUGAAGUUUGUUCUAUCUUAAAAUUAGAUGAGCAAGAAAAAACUACCUCAAAUGAAAAUAGCUUGCAAAAAUUGAAAAGUUUUUCAUUCUACCCUGGAACAAAGAAACCUGAAAUUCGAAGUAAAAUUGAAGCCAUUAAUUGUGGUGAGUUGGACGAUCCUGAUGAUGGUCCAGAGUUUGUUGUGCUGGACUCAGAAGAGGAUGAUGAAAAAUUGUGUAAGGAUAUACAGUUCGUAGAGGCAAAGAAAAUACCAAUUCCAGAAAGAGAUGAAGUUUGUUCCAUUUUAAAAUUAGAUAAGCAAGAAAAAACUACCUCUAGUGAAAAUAGCUUGCAAAAAAAGAAAAGCGUUUCAUUCUCCCCUGGAACAAAGGAAAGUGAAAUUCAUAGUAAAAUUGAAGACGUUAAUUCUGGUGAGUUGGAUGAUCCUGAUGAUGGUCCAGACUUUGUUGUGCUGGAUAAGCAAGAAAAAACUACCUCAACUGAAAAUAGCUUGCAAAAAUUGAAAAGUUUUUCAUUCUACCCUGGAACAAAGAAACCUGAAAUUCAUAGUAAAAUUGAAGCCAUUAAUUGUGGUGAGUUGGACGAUCCUGAUGAUGGUCCAGACUUUGUUGUGCUGAACUCAGAUGAGGAUGAUGAAGAAUUGCCGGAGGAUGUAUUUGGCAAAACGAGACAGAACUCUGGUUCAGAAAAUCUUGGAAUAAAUGAAGAUACAGUUCAAGAGGUGAAGAAAAUACCAAUUCCAGAAAGAGAUGACGUUUGUUCCAUUUUAAAAUUAGAUAAGCAAGAAAAAACUACCUCUAGUGAAAAUAGCUUGCAAAAAAAGAAAAGCGUUUCAUUCUCCCCUGGAACAAAGGAAAAUGAAAUUCAUAGUAAAAUUGAAGCCAUUAAUUGUG